AAGGAGGGGGAGGGGGAAGGAGGGACGGCCGGUCCCGUCAGUCAGGCAGCGGGAGCCGCCGGGAGCGGAUGGCGGCGGCUGUAGCGGCCCCUCUCGCCGCCGGGGGUGAGGAGUCGGCAGCCACGAUCCCCGUGCCAGGGUCUCCGGGUCUGCCCGGGAGCCGCAGCGCAGAGCGGGCCCUAGAGGAGGCCGUGGCCACCGGGACCCUUAACUUGUCUAAUCGGCGCUUGAAGCACUUCCCCCGGGGCGCGGCCCGCAGCUACGACCUGUCAGACAUCACCCAGGCUGACCUGUCCCGGAACCGGUUUCCCGAGGUGCCUGAGGCAGCAUGCCAGCUGGUGUCUCUGGAGGGUCUGAGCCUCUACCACAAUUGCCUGAGAUGCCUGAACCCAGCCUUGGGGAAUCUCACAGCCCUUACCUACCUCAACCUCAGUCGAAACCAGCUGUCAUCGCUGCCACCAUACAUCUGCCAGCUGCCCUUGCGAGUGCUUAUUGUCAGCAACAACAAGCUGGGAGCCCUGCCUCCCGACAUUGGCACCUUGGGAAGCCUGCGACAGCUUGAUGUAAGCAGCAAUGAGCUGCAAUCCCUUCCUGUGGAGCUGUGUAGCCUUCGUUCCCUGCGGGAUCUCAAUGUUCGAAGGAAUCAGCUAAGCACCCUGCCUGAUGAGCUGGGGGACCUUCCUCUGGUCCGCCUGGAUUUCUCCUGUAACCGUGUCUCCCACAUCCCGGUCUCCUUCUGCCGCCUCAGGCACCUGCAGGUCAUUCUGUUGGACAGCAACCCCCUGCAAUGCCCGCCUGCUCAGAUCUGCCUGAAGGGGAAGCUUCACAUCUUUAAGUACUUAUCAACAGAGGCUGCGCGUCGUGGGGCUGCCCUGGGGGACCUGGUCCCUUCCCGCCCCCCAAGUUUUAGUCCCUGCCCUGCUGAGGAUUUAUUCCCGGGACGGCGGUACGAUGGUGGGCUGGACUCAGGCUUCCACAGCGUUGACAGCGGCAGCAAGAGGUGGUCUGGUAAUGAGUCAACAGAUGAAUUUUCAGAGCUGUCAUUCCGGAUCUCAGAGCUGGCCCGGGAACCUCGGGCCCCCAAAGAACGGAGAGAAGAUGGCUCUGCUGAUGGAGACCCAGAGCAGGUUGACUUCAUUGAUAGCCAUGUCCCUGGAGAAGAUGAAGAGCGAGGUGCUGCUGAGGAACAGCGGCCACCACCUGAAUUAAGCCCUGCGGCAGGGGAUGGGGAGAGGGCACUGAGCAGCAGGCGGGAGGAACCGGCAGGGGAGGAACGGCGGCGCCCUGACACUUUGCAGUUGUGGCAGGAACGUGAACGGAGGCAGCAGCAGCAGCAACAGCAGAGUGGGGGAUGGAGUGCCCCCAGGAAGGACAGUUUCCUGAAGCUGGGGAUCAGGGCUGCUGGGGGAGGUGCUGCUGCCUCAUCCACUCAGGCUACCUACAACGGGCUGCCUAAGUCUAAUACCAUAGAACCACAACCGGGAACUUCAGGGGGGCAGGGAGUCCCUGUGCCUGCCCCUCCCCCCCAGGAGUCCCUGCCUAUGACUGGACCAGCGACAGCACCUGUUCCCCGGCCACUAGGCUCCAUUCAGAGACCAAACAGUUUCCUCUUCCGUUCCUCCUCUCAGAGUGGUUCAGGCCCAUCCUCCCCAGACUCUGUUUUGAGACCUCGGCCAGCACCCCAGGUUCCAGAUGAGAAGGAAUUAGUAUCUCAAGUGCGCCAGGUCCUUGAGUCACGGCUGCAGCAGCCCUUGCCUGAGGACCUGGGUGAGGCUCUGGCCAAUGGGGUCAUCCUCUGUCAGCUGGCCAAUCAGCUACGGCCUCGCUCUGUGCCCUUCAUUCAUGUACCCUCACCUGCUGUGCCAAAGCUCAGUGCUCUCAAGUCUCGGAAGAAUGUGGAGAGUUUCUUAGAAGCCUGUCGAAAAAUGGGGGUACCUGAGGCUGACCUGUGCUCGCCCUCGGAUCUCCUCCAGGGCACCACCCAGGGGCUGUGGACCACAUUAGAGGCUGUGAAGCGGGUGGGGGGCAAGGCCCCCCCGCCUGUCUGGCCCCCCUCUGGUCUGGGUGGCUUCGUCUUCUUCUACGUCGUCCUCAUGCUGCUGCUCUGUGUCGUCUACACCUGGCUCCUGGGUUCCUAGGACUGAAGUCACCCCCCAUUUCUAUUUAUAAGACUCCUAUUCAACCCCAUCCCCACCAGUGGUGCCUUCAGCCCCUACCAAAGACACUAGUGUACCCCCAUCACAAACACUGACCUCAGAGGCCCCACUCUGGUGUCCCCAGAGCUGGGCCCCCUGCCUCUAGGCCCCCUCCUGUAGCCCCUCACUCACUGCCCCUCACCCUCAGUGCUGAUGGUGCCUUCCUGUCCUUUUCCCACCCAGCCAGGCCCCGCCCUCUGACCCCCCACCCCCGGAGGGGCGGGAGCUUGGUUCUUCCUUCCCCUUCUUUCUUCUCCCCCCCCACUAGCUGCUAUGGGGGGCUAAAUUAUCUCUAUUUUGUAGAGAGAACUCUAUAUUUGUAGCAGAUGUGGGGCCCAGGCUGGGUCCCUGGCUCUGUGUAUAAACUGUACAGACUGUG